AUGUUUUCACCGGGUUCGCUGGCGCGAGUUUCUCAGUUGGUGGCAAAAGAAAACGUACGAAUGUACAACAGCACUCGAAAUGCCUUGAAAAUCAAUAAAAAUACGAAGGUCAUCAUUCAAGGAUUUACUGGAAAGCAGGGAACGUUCCAUGGAAAACAGAUGCUCGAGUAUGGCACGAAGGUGGUAGGUGGAGUAAACGCCAAAAAGGCCGGCGAAAAACACAUGGGUUUGCCGAUUUUCCGGGAUGUUAAGGAAGCUCGUGAAAAGACAGGAGCUGAUGCAUCCGUGAUCUACGUACCCGCUCCUUUCGCAGCUGCCGCCAUUCAUGAAGCGAUAGAUGCAGAAAUUCCUCUGGUCGUAUGUAUAACCGAAGGAAUGCCUCAACAAGACAUGGUUUCUGUGAAGAAUCGCCUUCUCAAGCAAAACAAGACCCGCCUUCUCGGUCCAAACUGUCCUGGAAUCAUAUCAGCGGAAGAAUGCAAAAUAGGUAUUAUGCCGGGACAUAUCCAUAAAAAGGGUAUUAUUGGCAUUGUGUCGCGAUCUGGUACGCUCACAUAUGAAGCGGUGCAUCAGACGACUAACGUCGGUCUCGGUCAAACGUUAGGUAUUGGAAUCGGUGGAGAUCCUUUCAAUGGCACAAACUUCGUCGACUGUCUCACAAUUUUCCUUGAAGAUCCUCACACAAAAGCCAUUUCUGUUAUACUGGCGUGA